UACAAUUAAUUACACCAAUACUAUGAUAAAAUAGUAUCACAUUAUAAUAAUAUAUUGUAAAUGAUCCUACACUACAACACUACUGUAUAUAUCACGUCAUAUCACAAAUAAAAAUGGGAAACAAUAAGGAAUUAAUGAAAGUGUGUGUCAUAUGUGGGGAUCGGGCGACGGGUUAUAAUUUCAAUGCCGUUUGUUGUGAGUCUUGUAAAGCAUUUUUUAGAAGAAAUGCCUCUAAAUAUGAUAACUUCAAGUGUCACUUUGAAGGCAAUUGUAAGAUAGACUUAGUUUCGCGUAAAUUCUGCAAAAAAUGUCGACUAAAGAAGUGUUUCGAUGUCGGUAUGAAAAAGGAAUGGAUUUUAAAUGACGAACAAAAGCAAUUGAGAAGAACUAAGAUUGAAGAAAAUCGUAAGAAACGUAAGAAUAGUGAUUCAGACAGUGAAAAAUCAAAUGACACUAAAGAUAACAAUAACAACAACAACAGUCCGAUCAGUGAUACGGAUCACUCAACAAUUAUUGUCGACUUUUUAGAUCUAUCUCCCAGUUCUGCAUCGACUACACCAAAACGUUUUAAUGGUGACUUCGAUGGCAGCAUUGAAAUAAUGUGCAAAAAUCUACUGAAUUAUCGGAACAGACCGUCCGAUAAUAUUCAUGAAUCAGUCUAUCAAAAAACGGCUGAAUUUGAGAUGUCUGUUAUCCCGAUUGCCCGACCCAUCGAUGAAUUGACAGAAAAGUUUAACGAUUUAGAAAUUAAUCGUUUGGUUGAGUUGUUGAACGCAACCCAUAAGUUAAAGUCGCCAGAAGUUCCGAUCACAUCCGAGGCCAUGACUAUUGAAGACGGAUGCAAAGUGUGGCGAUUUAAAGUGGAACAAGAGAUCCACAAAAUGAUUAAAAUGUCAAAAGUAUUGGAAUCGUUUCAGAAGAUGUGUGAGAACGACCAAAUAGCUCUCAUGAAGUAUGGAUGCAUUGAAAUCUUCUGUAUGAGACUUACCAUGAAUUAUAACUUCGAGAGAGAACAGUGGACUUAUGUCACAGACGACAGUAGUUCAACAAUAAUGAAAUUGGAUUUAUUGAGAUCAGCAAAGUAUGAACUCUAUAGGGCUUACAAACGAUUUCUCGACAAAAUAAGACCCGAAUGGGAAUCCGAUACAAUUAUUUUGGAUCUUUUGACAGCAAUUAUUUUAUUUAAUCCGGAUCGACCUAAUCUUAUGUACCGAGAAAUGGUUAAAUUACAACAACACAUUUAUAUGUAUUUAUUGCAACGCUAUCUUUAUAUGAGAUAUCCGACAAAAUUUGAGUCGAAAACAAAAUUCUUGAAACUGAUGAGUACACUGAUUGAUCUUCAUGUGAUCAAAGAGAUUCAUGUGACUAAUUGUCUCAGAAACGACAGGGAUCAGAUCAGUCCAUUGCUUAGAGAGGUUUGCGAUGUCGACGACAAUAUCAAUAAUAAUAUCAAUCAAUUGUGGAACUAAUACUUCUCUCACUUUUUAAUAGUAUUAUUG